GCCGCGAUAUAAGUCCGUGUCCAAGAGUUUUGUUUACAAAAUGGAUGAAUUUAAAGCUUGUAAUCUGGACUACUUUCCCGAAAACAUUUUAAUUGAUGUGUUGUCGUUCCUGAGCGUACGAGAGCUUGUCAGAGCUGGGAGAGUGUGCAAGAGAUGGAGACGCCUUGUGAAAGACCAAAAACUGUGGAGACUUGUCGAUCUGACGACAUGGAAAGGGGUGACAUCCCGCAUCCUUUGGGUCCUGCUGCGUCACUACCUUGGUUGCGGACUAAGGUGUCUUCGGUUGCGUGGUUUGCUGCUCUCUGCCCGUGGCGGCACCUUUCUCUCUGAGCCUUGGCUCAAAGCUUUGUCCGCAAAAUGCCCUCGCCUGACUAAGCUCUAUCUGCUGCACGCAGACCUGAGAAGCCUGCCCAAUUGCCAGAUCCUGCCUCCAUCUUUGCAGGUGCUGGAGCUUCGUGGUUGUGAGCUGCCUCGUACUUUUUUCAUCCAGAGCCUGCCUACUUCACCUACACAUCCUCCAGAAACAGCAGAAGCCACAUCCAGUGUUGGUGGUCAAAGGCACGGAAGGGAUCGGAAAAGAAAAGGACUUGGCCCUCCCUCAGGCGUUGGAAUUGAGAGGUUAGUAUUAAACAAUGUGCCCUCUUUCACAGACCAGCACCUACUCAGUCUAACAUCAUGGGAGAAACUCUGUCGACUGGAGCUACGUGACACCUUUCGUAUAACAGCUAACGGACUUAGAAGCUGUGCUGCCAAAGAUGGCCUAAGUGGUGUGGAAGGGCUUUCCAGGCUCAAGUUUCUGGAAAUAGGCAUUACCGGACGGCAAGGCUACCAGUUACAAAUGGCCUCCCUUGGGCUAGGAGCAGGGUGGCUUGGACUAGAGGAGCUAAGUCUAGGUGGCAAGGAGGUGGGGCCGGGCUUACUCUGUGCCAGCCGCCUGAAGGACCUGAAACGUCUGUGCCUGUGGGCCUGCACACUCAGUGAGCUACAGAUAGUCCGGAGCUGCAGGAUGCUCCGUGGACUCCGCCAGUUGGAGUUUUUGGAUGUGACCUUCCAGCCUAGACAGAGUCCACCAGUGGAAGAGGGCGAGGGUGGUGGUGAAGGAGAGCAGGACAAUGAGGAAGCUGCAGGUGCAGAUGGUAGCAAUGAAGAGAACAAGACACUGGAUAUAAAUGAUCCUAUUCCAAAUCUGCGUCGCUCUCUGGCUGUCCUGCUGCCAGCCUGCUCACUAGUUUUUACCAACUGCUCUGUUCAGAUUAAUGCAGACUAAAUGAUGUCUCCACUGCUGUUGUAUACUAGUGGCCAAUAUGGAUAAAAUUCUCCUUCACACAAGCUUGUAUAGUUUUAUACAGUGUUACUGAUAUAACUAUUCAAUGAAGAUGUUAUCACUGUGUCAUUCAUACAAUCCCAAAUUCCUAUAAACCAGAUACAGAUUUAACAUUUUCAGACAAGACUAGUUAAGAAUAAAAAAAAAUAAAUAAAGACUUUAAACUUUAGACUGUCUAUAAAUAAGGACCUUACCCAGAAAAUAUGUGCUGUAGUUAUUCAGUCAAAUAAUUUAUCUUGUUUAGAACAAAGUUGGCAAGAAUUGAAACUGAACAACCACUUCAUAUUUGGACUGUCUAUGUAGGUAUACUAUAUUUAAGGGGUUGUCAAGUCACUGAUGAAAAAUUUAUAGUCUUUGAUAAUUAUAUUAUGUGCAAUUCAAACGAUGAAAUAAGUUUAAGCUUCAGUUACUCUUUUAUUGCACAUGCAUUCUAUUUUGCCCCUGAAUACAUGUAAAUUGAAACACAUAAUUGAUCCAAGCAUCCUUCAAAAACAAUGUUGCCUUAAAGCAGUUUUGUCAUUGGUUUUAAGUAUGCCUCCUGAAGUGAGAUAUAUUAGAGCUAUUGCUACGAAAAGAUUACAUUAUCUCAUGGGAUGUAACAUAUCAUUAUAUCCUCCUAAUGUGCUGCUUUACCCAGUGUUUCUAGGGUAGUGGAUAGUCUCACUUCCAAAUUCCUUGUCUCUUUAUGAAAAUAAACAGGCCUAUCACAUGCAUGGAAGAAUAGGUUUGUAGCAUACCCUUUUAAACUCAGAUAACAGAAAGCAGGUGUCACUGAUAAAUCGUACAGAGAUCAGCAGGUGUCACCUACAACAGAAAAAAACUGAAACAUUCUUUCUGCAGUGAUCCACCUGUUUCCUGUUGCUUUUACCACUUCUUAACAGUUUAUACAUUCAGAGAACAUAUAUUUUACCGGGCAAACGUUUGGUUUGAUUGAUGUUAAGGCACAGCAUAACAUAUGUAAUCUUUACCAAGUCUGUAUUUUGUCAGUUUUUGCCUACAUAAUUUUUUAGAAAUUAUGAAAGGAGAAAUGUAAAUGUCUGUUGUUUGUAUUCGUAUGGAAAAUCAUGAAAUCUCCAUGAUACAGAAUUGUUUUGCAUCCAGACUGACCUUUUAAGGAUGAUUAAACUUAUAAAUGAUAAAUUGUUUUUAAUAAACCUAUUUUGAAUAAAGAAAUCUUGAAGUCUGA